GCAGCUGGCGGCUGCCUUUCGAAGAGCCGCCACUCAGGACUUGGCAAGGAGGUGGGAGUUAAGAAAUAGUUUUGCAAGUGAAGUUCUCGCUUGCCCCAGCAGCCUUUUCCCCUGCAAAGCGCUAAGCCGGAAAGCUCCUGGUUUUAAACGGAACUGCUUGUUGGGAUUUGACUCCCGUUUCGGAGAAGGACAAGGGGUCUUUGCGCAGCCCAUGUGGCGAGCGUGGUUGUGAAAGCUUUUCUAGUUGCUGGAGUUGAAAAGAGGAUGUAGCCAGUCUGAGAAUGGGGCUUUUCACCAAGAGGAGAUCACAAUGGCCAGAGAAGAUUCCGUGAAGUGUUUGCGGUGCUUGCUUUACGCCCUCAAUCUGCUCUUCUGGAAUGCAUCAGAGACCACAGACAUUGGUUGUUCUUCUACGUUGGGCACAAGAUUUAGAUGGCUAGACAAUAGUUGCUCUAGAGUCUUGGACAAAGAUAUGUAUUUGUUUGAUCCUGAUUAUUCAUGCCAGUAAAAGAGGAUGAAGAAACAUUUUAAGGGCAUAAAGUUGAUGUCCAUCACUGUGUUAUGCGUCUCUGCCUGGAUGAGAGAUUACUUGAAUAAUGUUCUCACUUUAACUGCAGAAACAAGAGUGGAGGAGGCAGUUGUGUCCACUUAUUUUCCAGUUGUCCAUCCAGUCAUGAUUGCAGUUUGCUGUUUCCUCAUCAUUAUUGGAAUGCUGGGUUACUGUGGAACAGUGAAAAGAAACCUUCUCUUGCUUGUAUGGUAUUUUGGAAGUUUGCUCGUGAUAUUCUGCAUUGAACUGGCCUGUGGUGUUUGGACCUAUGAACAGGAAAUUACAGUUCCUGUACAGUGGUCAGAUAUGGUAACUUUAAAAGCCAGAAUGAUCAAUUAUGGCUUACCGCGUUAUCAUUGGCUGACCCACGCUUGGAAUUUCUUCCAGAGGGAGUUUAAAUGCUGUGGAGUGGUGUAUUUCACGGAUUGGCUGGAAAUGACAGAGAUGGAUUGGCCUCCUGAUUCCUGCUGUGUGAGGGAAUUCCCAGGCUGUUCUAAACAGGCACACCAUGAAGAUCUUAGUGACCUUUACCAGGAGGGUUGUGACAAAAAGAUGUACACAUUCCUGAGAGGAACUAAGCAGUUGCAGGUGCUUCGAUUUCUAGGAAUCUCCAUAGGGGUUACCCAAAUUUUGGCUAUGAUCCUUACAAUUACUUUAGUGUGGGCUCUGUAUUAUGACCGCCAGGAUCCACGCUCAGACCAAAUGCUGUCUUUGAGGAAGGAUGCCAGUCAACACCUGUCAUGUCAUUCCGUGGAGUUAUUAAAACCCAGCCUGACAAGGAUUCUUGAGCAUACCACAAUGGCAAACAGCUUUAACACACACUUUGAAAUGGAGGAACUAUAGUGCAAUCUGCUAGUCCGUGAUUUCUACAAUUUGAAUAUAGCCAUCAUUUUGGACCCUGGACUAUUUUAAGUUAUUGUGGCAAAGAGGGCAUGGAGCAAAGAUUCUCUUAAGGACAAUUGUUUUUCUUUUCUCAUAAAACCUGUUAGAGUUGUAAUGCUAAAAACAAUUGGUUUACAGAAUAAGGACGAUUCUUCAUUUUUCACGAGAUUGUAUGCACCAUGUGGAAAGUAGAUCACUAGUCUCAUAAUAUUGAGUGGAAAAAAAACAGGCAGGAAUAAUUUUAGGGAUCUCACCUAUUUAAAGUUUUCACUUCAACAAUUCUGCUAGAAUGAGGAUGGAAGUGUUCAGUACUGAAAGCUCCACAGAUGAUAGACCGCCGUAGACAAUCAGUGUUCAACAGUUACAUCUAAUUUAAGUGAUUUUUUCCAUUUCAUUUUCAAGGAACGGAAACUGGCAAGCCACAAUUAUUGAACAUGUUGCAUUCAGAUCUGCUGCCUUGCAGUUGUUAAUCACAGCUGAGAAAACUCUGAACUUGGACCUUUCAGAAUCUUAAAAAAAACCUCUGAAAAUACGAAAAUCUUAUCAGUUUAAUCCACACAUGGAAAAAUAAUUCACAGUAGCACUGUGGUCAUGGAUGUACUGAUGGGAAUGCCCUUUGAUACAGCAAUACAAUACAAUAGCAGAGUUGGAAGGGACCUUGGAGAUCUUCUAGUCCAACCCCCUGCAGAUGGAUGAUUUGCCUUUGGAAUGUAGCUAUCAAUGAAAUCCAGGCAUGAAAUCCAGUUGCUUAGCAGUAUAUCACUUCCCAACACAUGUGUAUAAACCUUGGAUUGUCCCUCUUGUUUGUGCAUUACAACACCAACAUCAAUGGUUUUUUUUAUAUCUUAGUCUCAUAUCCUGCAAGCAAAUAGUUGAUUUGUCCCACAAUAAAGGCCCCAAGAACAGCUUAAGGAGAAUCCAUGACAACUGUUAUUACUAAAUAAUGGUGGUAAUUGCCACUAAAAGAUCAGGGAUAGAUAUGUAUAUAAUAAAGUGUGUGUAUGUGAAAUAGAAUUGCUAUUGAUAUGGAAAUUUGGAUUUUUGUAAAGAAGAUAAUCUUAUUUUAGCAUCAUUUUGUUUAGUUUAAGGAAAUAGGUAAAUCCUUUAAUUUUUAAUGACUUAUUAAUUUUCAAAUUAAAUUAUGUGACUGAAGAAAAAAUAUGUAUUAAUACUUCAGUGUAUUUGUUAUAUGUGACAGGUGUGUGUGUGUUGUGUGUGUGUGUGUGUGUGUGUGUGUGUGUGUGAGAGAGAGAGAGAGAGAGAGAGAGAGAGAGAGAGAGAGAGAGAGAGAGAGAAUGUUCACCUUGAGAUAAUUCUAUCCAUAUGUUUAUUUGCUGAAACUUAAGUUAAAAAGGCUAUCUAUAUUGCCUCCAAAGAAAAAGUAUUGUAAAAGUAUUCCAACUUUUCCCCUACCCUACUUAUUUUUCAGUAAGAAAUUUGGAAGAUGAGUUAACUUCUGAAGUCAAUGAGAAUAAGGCUUACUUAACUUUGCUUAGACUUUGUACUUAACGUUGUGGAAAUAUACUGUAUAUUCAUGUAUGAUUUGGCUCAUUUGAAUACCACGGAAGUAUCUCUUUUGCAGGAAUUUUUCUAUGGAUCACCAGCCACAUAUUUUCAUCAGAAUUUGCAUAUUUGAUGGUGGGGUGAGACUAGUAGAUGCCUAGCAGUAUAUAAUUUGCAUGGAUUUUCUUUUUUACUAUUUCAGUUUUGUAAUCAGGUUAGACAAAAUGCUGCUUAGAGAAACCAUGAUUUGUUACAGUAUAACCAGACAAGAGCUAUAUUUGUAUCUUCAUCUUACCCUUCUUUGUCUGACUUAAAAGAGAAUCUCAUAGUUUGUUGAGUUUUUCACAGUCUCCAAGAAAGAAGCUGAAUUUUAAAUACAGUCUACAAAUUAGGAUUGUAAAUGACAGUUUCAACUUUAAUUUCCAAAUCAAGAUUCUAGAGA